GCCAUCUUCGACUUGUCUUCUCUUGGUUGAUGGACUGAAGUCGAAAAAGUGCUGACCUUUCUUCCGGCGACGAACUGACAUGACAGACAAUGACGUAGAAUCUCCAGCUUCUUGGCAGUCGAGACCCUGGAAGAUCGGCCCGCUUUGACCAUCUGUCAUCCAACCUGUUUCAAGAUGGAUUGAAACAGGACUUCGUGCGGAAGGAGGCACUUGACACGCCAUGACAUUCAUUAUUCCCAGCUUCAACCAUCUGGCGACUUGAGCUUCUGAGCAAACCUCAUACCUGGUCUUUCGGCUCUUCCUACAACCAUCCUUCCACCACAUCAUUCAUCCUAUCGCAUCGUAACGUGAAUAUUACACAACGACCACCCCCUGAAAGCCAUCCUUCACUUGCAGCAUGACUACCACGAACCCUCCAUCUUGGUCUCCAGCCGUUCUGAACCAAGUGAGAUCUCUCACGAAUGAGUUUAAUCAAAUAGAAAACAUCGAGGGCGACAAUGUCGACUUUCCCGGCUCCCAGAGUUUCGACACAUCUACCAACCGUCUACUGAACUAUCUUGCUUCAGAAGAGAGUAAUGCCAUGGCACCAGUGGCCUUAGAUGCUACGCACCCCAUCUCGGACUACUAUAUUUCAAGCAGUCACAAUACUUAUCUGUGGGGUAACCAGCUCUACGGCAAAGCCACCACCAAAGCUUAUCAGAAAGUCUUGGAGAGAGGCUGUCGUUGUGUUGAGGUUGACGUUUGGGAUGGAGAUGAUUCUGAUUCUGACACAUCGGACUCUUCGGGUGAAAGUGGCAGUGACAAUGAGAAGGAAGGUGGCAUCAAGAAACUGAGCAGACGCUUCAAGAACAAGAUCGGCUUAUCAAAGUCCAAGGUUGAACCCCAACCAAAGGAUACCCCGGUGUCUUCUUCCAGUCCACCAAAGGGUGAAGGUGUGGGACCGUCGGGACUUCGCAGGACUGUGUCCAAGACCGAGCCACGCGUUCUUCACGGGCAUACAGCAACAAAAGAGGUCUCCUUCAGGGCUGUCUGCAGCACCAUCCGAGACUAUGCGUUCGUUACAAGUGAUCUUCCUUUGAUUGUCAGUCUCGAGAUUCACACCUGUCCUGCCCAGCAAGAGAUCAUGGUUGAUAUCAUAAGAGAUUUGUGGGCUCCAUACCUGGUCGACUUGAAUGCAGCAACUGGUCAUGACGUGUCUUUGCCGACUUUGGAGUCCUUGCGCAAGAAGAUACUCAUUAAGGUUAAGUACACUGCACCAGAAGCAGCAAAGGGUACAGGACCGGUCGUGGUUUCGUCCAACGCAGAUCCCGAGUCUGGUUCAGAAGAUGAGUCUCAAGAAACUGCCGUCAAGAAAAGUCACAUCAUCACAGCGCUUGCCUCUAUGGGCGUCUACACCCGUGGCUGUCAUUUCAAAGACUUUGAUCAACCCGAGGCCAAGCUUCCCAACCACAUAUUCUCUCUAUCCGAGUCAAAGAUUAUCGAUGUGCACAAGCGUGAUCACUCGGCGCUAUUCAGACACAACAAGCGCUUUAUGAUGAGAGUUUAUCCUAAAGGCAUUCGCGUAUCCUCGAGCAAUCUGGACCCUGCACCUUUCUGGCGGAUGGGUGCGCAAAUUGUUGCCCUCAAUUGGCAGUAUAUCAACGCGGCAACCAUGCUCAACCAAGCCAUGUUUCACGCAACGGGCGGUUGGGUGCUCAAGCCUGAAGGCUACCGGAGCUUCCACAAAGCUCAAUCUCAGAUUACGGCACUUGACCGAGGUACACUUGACUUGUCAAUCGAGCUGCUGGCUGGUCAAGAUAUCGGUCCGGCGGACAAAAAGCUCAACCUGUAUGUCCGUUCUGAACUGCAUAUCGAGGACAUGGAGGAGAUCACAGGCGGGUCGCUGCCUGAGGGAGGCAGCACUAAAGAAGGUCAAAUCAAGGCAGCCAGUGAAGUUGGAUCGGCUGGCAGGUCUCCCAGCUUUGGUCGCCAAGUGCUCCAAUUCAGAGCCGUGCCUGGUGUGUCCGAGGAACUAACAUUCGUGAGGUUCAAAAUCAUGGACGACGAUACAUUCAGUCGCGAUAAUCUUGUGGCAUGGGCAUGCUAUAGACUCUCCAGAUUACAAACCGGUAUCAGGACGAUGCGUCUGUAUGACUGUGAAGGUCAGCCGACCAGCGGGAUGCUGCUGGUGCGCAUAAGCAAGAACCUCGAGAUUCAGUAAGAGAUGCAGACGAUCCACAAUCGACAACUUCGUGUUGAGAUGUGAGUCGGAACAUCUACACACUUCCUAACUGUAGCAAUCCGAUAUGAAAUGAGGACCACCUGUGCCAAUCCAAUAAUUCAUCAACGCAAACUGC